GGCGAGCGGCAGCUCAAGCAGCCACCGACCUAGCGAGCCGCUGCUGCCGGAGUGGACCUCGCCGCCGCCGCCGCUCCUCUCUUGCAAAGUCGCAGCAGCAUGGGCGGCCGCCGCUCCCCGAAGGCGCUCCUUUGGCCGGGGCCCCUGCUGGCUCUCUUGCUGCUCGCCUGCCCAGGUUGCCACGCAGAAGUUCAGAUAUCCGUCCCACCUGAGGUGGAGGUGUUGCUGGGCGAGCAGGCGUCCAUUUCAUGCACGCACACUGUGACGGGGGUAAAUGGUUACCACCUGGUGGAGUGGUUCAUUACAGACAAGAAUGCAGAGCAGCGUCGCGUGGCCUUCAGUGAGCAGGGACACCGGGAGGUGGACAAAAAUACGGAAUACACCGAUCGCAUCUUCAUGGAUGCUGACUACAGUUUGGUCAUCAAAGCCGCCGAUGUGAGCGAUGAGAGGGCUUUCACCUGCCGUGUGAUGGCUGGCGUUGCAGGGGAUGCUGGGGGGACGGCCCAGCUCAAGGUUUAUGAUCCCCCUGAAGCCCCAGAGGUGAGAUGGAACACCAGGACUCUCUCGGUGACCGGAGAACAUGCUUCUGAGAUUGCAACGUGCGGCAGCCGGAACGCCAACCCGGUGCCAACGAUCAGCUGGUACAAAGACGGCCACCCUCUGCAAGCCCCGACGGAACGCAACAACGACUUGUAUGUGGUGUUCCGGACGGUGAAGGAAGCUUCGGGGCUCCACUCCGUCUCCAGCACCCUCUACCUCCGCCCGAACAAGACCGACAAAGACUCCCUCUUCCACUGCCAAGUCACCUACUUGAUGCCCCGCGGUGAAGAGCAGAGUCUUAAAUCGGACAGUUACCAGCUUACGCUGCACUACUACACAGAGAACGUGCAGUUUACUUUGGACUCUCCCAAGAUGAUCAAGGAAGGGGACGACGUGCGGCUGCUUUGCGAAGGGGACGGAAACCCCCCGCCCGAGUAUGUCUUCACCAAAAUGAAGGCUCACGACCAUUUUGAAGAUUUGGGGUCCAACCCGAAUGGACUCCUGGUCCUCCAGCAAGUGACCAAGGAGGACAGCGGGACGUACCGGUGCCAAGUCCUCGAUUUCGACAGCCCCCCCGAGGUGGAGCUGGAGAAGGAGGUGACCAUCCAUGUCAACUAUCUAGAUAUGCUGGUUCUAAAGCCUAACAAGACGGUGAAAGUCCCCCUCGGGGGAAACAUCGAACUGGACUGCAGUGGUAGUGGUUCCCAGACGCCCACGAUUUCAUGGAGGAAGGGAAAAGAGCAGGUGGAAAACAGCAGGACAUUGACCCUGAAUUCUCUAACCUACCGCAUGGCUGGCACAUACACCUGUGAGGCCUCCGUGCCCAGCAUCCCAGGACUACACAGAGACCAGUCAGUCCGGGUCAUUGUAGAAGGAAAACCAGAAGUGGAGCGUCCUCAGUCGCCGACCCAUUUCUACAACUUCGACCAGAAGGUGACGUUGGCUUGCUCCGCUUUCGGCCACCCAGAACCCCGGAUCACCUGGAGCGUACCUGGAGAGCCUUCCACGAACAGCUCUGGCAACCGAGUGACCAGCAGACUGUCGUUGGAGGUGACACCCGAGCUGGCCGAGAGCGGGGUUAAGUGCUCAGCGGAGAACCAGCACGGCUCCGACGAGUGGAUGUUCCGCUUGGAGACCGCGCCCCCUACAGUAUCUGCUACAGCAGUGCCAGUGGACGGGGGCGAGAGCCAGGGCGGAAGCACAGUGGCCAUCAUCGCAGUGUGCGUCUGCGUCCUCCUCCUCCUCAUCAUCGUGGGCUUCUUCUACUUCAUGCAGCGCCGGGGACGGCUGCCCUGCAGCGGGGGUGAAAAGAGAUCUUUGACCCCCAAGGAAGGGAAUCCUGACGACAACGUGGUGGAGAUGAAGACGGACAAGCGGAACGAGCAGACGGGGUUGCUGAGCCCCGGCGGGGGCGGCGGAGGCGGGACUAACGAGUGCUGAGGGUUCCGGGACUGGGGGCUUGUUCCAGAGAGACCCCUUUCUGCCACCUGCUCCGCACCACACCGUGGAAGAAGAGACUGCUCUGAUUGGACUGUGCUCAGGGGACGGUGGAUCCUCCCCCAAGGCCCCUUGGCUCCAGAGGGGAGAGCGCA